ACGCUGCCGCCGCUGCCGCCGCCGUCGUCGUACUGCUUUGAGCUUCACAGUGUGCGUGUGUACUGUAUGUGUGUGUGUGUAUCUGUUUAUUUUGUUGAUGUUUGGCCAUCUCCCGCAGUGGGGAUUGCACAUUGAUAACCGCUAGAAGGAGAGGUGUGACAAACAGAUGAGGUUCGGGAACGUGUGUGUGUGUGUGUGUAUUUCCGUGUCGCUGGUGUUUUUUACGUCGAUGCAGUUUGGUUAGGUGUUGGCCCUGUUAACCGGCCACACUGUCGUGACGACCGUGAUCUUCAUUUGCUCUCUACUGGUGUGCGUUUGUGUGGCCGAUCGUGUGCGUGUGUAGAUGCCGGAUAAGCGCGCACGGAUAAGCAGCACCGGGGCUGAUUAGAAGCAACGCGCGUCCGUCCGCCCGCGAGAACGGAUCUAGGCGGCUGUGCGAACGGAAAGAGACGGUGGAGGCGCAGUGUUCGCGCUCUCACUCGUACCACAGUAGGCCAGCAAGCGUGCGCGCGCGCAAACUCAGCUGUCGUCCGCCGUAGCAGCAGCCUCCACACCACCAUCAAGACACAAAACAAGAAGCUUAUCAGCAAACACUUAUCGAUCGUGCGGCUGUAUAUGUGUGUGUAUGUGCGGUCAUUCUUUCUCUCACUCCCUCGCUCUCUCUCUCUCAUGAAAGCUUGACAGUGUUUUUUUUCUAAUAGUAGUGAAAAGCGAGCAACAGCAGCUGUCGUCUGUCUAACGCUGUCCCGCUCGCGCUCUGUUUUCAUGCUUUGGAGCCAUCGACACACAUACACACAGUGACCGCAUCUCCGCCGAGUCACGAUCAACCGAACGGAACCGGAUCCGAGAGCGUACGGGUUUGAACAAAAAAAAAAAAAACACCAGGGAAAGAGAAGAAGAAUCACAAGCGCAAAGAGGAGCUUAAUGACAGUUCGUGUUAAAGUGUGUGCAACAAACAAUUCUGUAAUCUAAAAACAAAGGAAGAAAAAAGGAAUAGAAUCCUAAAAAUGUAAAAAAUGUGUCGUAAAUCUGAAUGGUUUAAUGUUUGAUGAAACAAUUGGAAGUGAAGGACAACUAUAGUACAUAAAAUAUUGUGUGUUUGUGUUUGUGCGUGUGUGUGUGUGUGAGUAUAAAACCAAUGUAACGAGCAGCAAAGAAGUGCUGUAAUCAGAGUGUGACAUAGUUUGUGACAAAACAAACCGAAAAAGAAAAGAAGAAAAUCAGGAUUAAGUGAUAUUCUACCCACUGCGCACGUAUUCGGGGAGCGUAUGUGUAGCACACAAGAAAAAGUAUGGAAUGUAUGGAAAAGUAAUACGCCCAACAAGUUGCAGCUAGUUGCGAUCAAAGCAGCUGCGGUGUGUAGUAGUCGCAAGAAUAAUCCCCUCAGAACAUCGCUUCACGUGUGGCGGACCUCGGUAUUAGCGGACCUUUUUAACGCUCUGUCCUUCAAGUGCUGGCGUACGGUGAUGGUCCGUGCUUAAACAGUAAAAGAGACGUGUUUUUGCGUCUUAUUGGGGCUGUAAUUCUAACUACUGCAUAUCACCCUGUGUCGGCUACGAUAAAGAAAAUAGAAGUAAGCCUUACAGGCAGUUUGUUUGGAUUGUUGCAUCCCGCGUGUCUUGGUUGUUUGCGCAGUGCAGUGUUGUGCUUUUGGUGAACGAAAAAGGACGGAGACGGCGUGCUGGUGAACAGAUCGGUGCACAGAUAAGGCCUACCGAGAGAGAAACCAAUUCUUGCAAGUUCCUGUGCCAGGACGUCGUCACAAAAAGGACUUCGCGAAACUAUACGCUAUUAAUCGAGCGGAUGUUUGGCGAGCCGCGCUGUCAGCUCGAGCUUUCUAGAUGCGCGACAAACGUAGGCAGUCCGGUCCGGUGUAGUGGCUUGUUAGCGAGAAAUGAAAACUAAAUUACGAUGCUUCGCAACGGAUUUAAAUUGAUUGCACAGUAACAAAAAAAUCGAUCAUUCAUUCCUUUCGCCUUCGGUGCUUCAGUGUACGCAGUGAAGCUACGCACGUUUUAAUGACUGCUGCAGACGUUCGCUUAGCUGCACGAGGGCGUUUAGGGCGUGGAGUCAAAGGUGCGACCGGACGAUAAGCAGAAGCAUACACGCAUCCAACGUAUAUAUUCCGCUGGUGGCAACGGACGUGCAACGAGCCCUCGAAUGUACCACAAGGACGGAACCGUAGAUGUGAAGCUAUUAGCCGACCUUGGGUACAUAGCCGACCGUCUCCGGAACCUCGAGCAGAAGUGGGACUUGACCGAGCUGAAGGAUCUGCACCGGCGCAUCGUACUCAAGCUCGACGAUCCGCCGACGAGCGUGCUGCGGCUUAGGGAAACGCUUGCCCGUACGCCAACCGUACCGCCGGGCUCCCCCGACCAGCAGUAUCAGCAGGAAGGGCAGGAGGAGCUUGCGAACAGCACGGAGGAGCAGGAAGACACAGGCCUGCAGCUACCGGUAGUAAUCAUUGCCGAUGAAGUAACGCCACCCAGUGUGAUUGUAGAGGAAUGUGCAGAGGCAUCUGAAGUGUCACCGACAGCCGACCGUCGGGAUGAUGAAAGUGGCGAAAGUAGCAACCAAAGGAACAGCGUCGAGGAUGUUGGCAAUGUUGAGGAAAGCGUGCGUAAACUAGACCAGCUAGAGGAGCUGGUAAUUGCCUUCUAUCACAGCUGUGGACGACGCAGUUCGCGCGGGUGUGCCGACACCGAGCAGACGGCCAGUGAAGCGGUACGCGACGGAGCGAGCCGGGCACGGGCGAAACGAACCAAAAAGAGACAGCAGCAAUCGAGCGGGGAAGCGUGCACAAGGGCGUACCAUCCAGAUCAGCAGCACCAGAAGCGGCAUCCCGAUCCGGAUCGUACUAUGAACCAAGGCACCGACCCGGACCAGGAUCGGGAUCAUCUCGCACACGCAGCAGCAGCAGCAGCAACGUCAGCACCAUCCGACACCAGUGCCGUUCCCGCCGGCGACGGUCGACAGCAGGCACAACCGCAACCGUUACGCUCGAUCCACGCUGACGCACCUGAGCCGGGACAUAGCCUCGACCGGGACGUGCCGCUUGACGACGAGGAGGACACGGUCACACUGACGGCGGAAACGAGCAGCGAAUGCUGCAGCCAGCUAACGGUCGUUGCAGUUGUGGCGGAGGAGGAAGAGGUGGAGGCUCAGGCGGAGGAAGUGGUAGCAGACGGAUCAUCGCCCGGUCACGAUCCGACCGAAACGGUCGCCCCGGGCAGUGAUACGACUACGGACGACGAGGUCGAGAACGACGAUACGGGCGGUUCUGACGCGGAUGCAAACGAUGAAGCGGAACCGGGCGACACGUGCACCAGGCGAACCGUGCUAGGGCAGGACUCGACGCCGUCCUCCCGCCGGUGUUCGCUCGGUGGCGAGUUUGAGACGGAGCAGAAUCGGCGCCUCCGCCGCCGGCUGUCCGAGCUGACGAACAACUUCUGCACGCCGAAACAGUUCCAGCAGCUGUGCGACAAUUUGGACAACAUUACCGACAACGAUCUGAAGCUGCUGGUCCGGGAGCUCAAGCGAAAGAUCGAAUUUGCCGAAAGGAUGAACUGGCUUUGUCUAUCGAGCAGACCGCGCGGUCCACCGCACCGGAAAACUAGCCUACCAAAGCACACGGACGUCAAGAAGCGCUUCCUGGAAACGUGCGACAAGACGCUGUCGGACGAGGUGAAGGCCGCCCUGCGGCUUCCGGCGUUCGAUUCGUACGAAUGGGAGGACUGGGACGUGAUCCACCUGAUGCAGACGAUGUUUGUCGAGCUGAAUCUGCUGGAGAAGUUCAACAUACCGAUCGUGACGCUGCGCGAGUGGCUGUACGAGGUGUACAAGCACUACAACGAUGUGCCGUUCCACAACUAUCGCCACUGCUUCUGUGUCGCCCAGAUGAUGUACACCAUUGCCUGGCACACGAACCUGGUGCAGCGGUUAGGCGAGCUGGAGGUGUUGGUCCUGCUGGUGUCCUGCAUCUGCCACGAUUUGGACCACCCCGGUUACAACAACAUCUACCAGAUAAACGCACGCACCGAACUGGCAUUAAGGUACAAUGAUAUUUCACCGCUGGAAAACCAUCACUGUUCGAUCGCGUUUCGACUGCUGGAGCACCCGGAAUGCAACAUAUUUCGCAACAUGAGCAAGGAGAUGUACAAAGAUGUACGCGAGGGAAUUAUCCGGUGCAUAUUGGCCACCGAUAUGGCCCGACAUAACGAAAUCCUCACCCAGUUUCAGGAGGCUACACCCGAGUUCGACUACAGCAACAAAGUGCACACGAAUUUGCUCUGCAUGGUUCUGAUCAAGGUGGCAGACAUUUCGAACGAGGCGCGACCAAUGGACGUGGCGGAACCGUGGGUCGACCGGCUGCUGCAGGAGUUUUUCGCGCAGAGCGCCGCAGAAAAGUCCGAGGGUCUGCCGGUGACACCGUUCAUGGACCCGGACAAGGUGUCAAAACCGGGCAGCCAGGUACGGUUCAUCGGGCUGGUGCUGCUGCCGCUGUUCGAAGCCCUCGGCGAGCUGUUGCCCGAGCUGACGGAUCUGAUCAUCACGCCGGUGCGCGUCGCCCUCGACUACUAUCGCCGACUGAACGAUGCAGCGAACAAGACGCGCCGCUCGAUCGCGGAAGCAGAGGCCGCAUCGUCCGAGAGCGGCGGCUCACCGCAGCUGCCCCGUUCCCAGUCCGGCAUCAGCGUCAAAUCCCGACGUAGUAUUCCCUCGCAAAAGUCCGCAUCUCGCACGUCUGUUGAUGAGCCUAUUUUAAUUGCAGCCGAACUGCACGACCUACCGGAGGGCAGCGAGAGUGGCGACUCCGAGACGGCCACCGAAGUCGACGUGGCGGAAAAAACGUCCAAGUUCAAGGUGGACACGGAAAGCAUCCACCGCAAACAGUCGCACCCGAACUCCCGGAAGGGUAGCCGCGAGAAGCGCCCGUCGAUGAUCGGUGAAUACUACACCACAGGUACGCGCACCCGUGGCUCCCACGGCAACAUACAGCAUACUAAUAAUCGCACGUAUUUUGGUUCGAAUCGCGCCAUCAGCCUAGACCAGUACAGUAACAACCGGCGCAUGUCCGACGGCGUCCCGAUACAGUCGGUCCACUCGGACAACAGCGUGCUGUACUACCAUCACCAGCGGCAGCACCGCAGCCUCGACCACGACACCAUGUGCUCGUCGUCGGACAAAAGCACCAGCCUGAACAGCACGCACGACACGGCGCCGGGCGGCGACCCGACGACCAUCCUGCACGUGCCACCGCCGCAACCGCCACCGCCGACGGGAAAGCAGCGGCUCGGCAAGCUUUUCGGUAGCAGCAGCGCGUCGGGCAGCGCCGCCACCUCUGCCGUGGCGAAUCUGAAGAACAAUAACAGCGCCGGUCACGGGUGCACCUCCACGGCCGUCGGCGGGUCCGCAUCGACUAGCGGUGGUGGUGGUGCCGGUAAACAUUUUAGCCGAAUGUUGAGCUUCAACCAGCAGCAACGGCUGGACAAGCUGCGCAACAACAAUAACAGCCAGAGCAAGAAUAACAACAACAACAACAACAACAAUGGCGGCGGCAGCAGCAUUGGCAACAGUAACAAUAAUAAUAACAAUAACAAUAACAAUAGCAUUAGCAACAAUAAGAACGCACCGGCCGGUAGUGCGGCCAUCAGCCACGCGAAGCAUCUCGAUGGGCGUGAGGCAAUGCACGGGGCGGCCCGCAUGUGCCCCGGCCUCGGCAGUGCCGCCGGUGGGGACGGUGGAUUCGACGGGACCAUUUCCGGGAGUGUCGGUGGCGGCGGCGUCGGCGGCGGUAAUCAGGACGGCGGCAAGGGUGGCAAUGGCAGCAGUAGUAACGGCACGGCGGCUCGAACAACGGCAGCCGCGGCCUCCACCGCGUCGGCCGGUUCGAAAUCGUUCCUGUCCCGGCUGCGACAGUUUACCGGCCGGCUGAGCUUCAACUUUGACUCGCGGGAAUCGAAGAAGCUGCAGCUGCUGGCGGGGAACGCACCGACCGACCUGAAGGCGAAAGGCGCCUCGGCCGGACCAAAGCGGGACCAUCGGCUGGAGAAGUCGCGCACGGUCGACGUGGGCGACCUGGGACCGGUAGCGAUCUGUGGCGACAGCACAAUGUCCGGCCAGCAGGCGGCCAUUCACCACCAGCAGCAGCAGCAGCAGCACCAGAAGCAGCAGCAUCUCUCACUCGUCCCAGGUGAGUCCUUCUACGGUGGAGGACCGCCGGUAGUAAUGAACCAGCCGAAAUCAAUCUCGCCCAUCCUUAUGCAGCACCGCCACAGUGAGGUGCUCGGUCUGGGCGGUGCAGCGGGGGCGGCCGCCCGCAGCCGCGCCUACAGCCUGGACGUCCCGAUCGGGGGCCGGCACUGUUGCCGCAGUCUCAGCGGUAGCACGACCGGGGGCGGUGCCGGUUCCAGCUGCGGCGGCAGCCACAAGAGUCUCACGUUUUCGCUCAACAAUCGCUCGCUGACGGAGGACAACGACGGGGGCGGCAGCCUGGCGCUCGUGUCCGGCGAGCGAAAGUCGGGCGUUGGGGUGCCGCCGCCGCUGCGCAACAACUCGCUGCUGCUGCUUGCGGACGAUCCGUCCUCGUCGUCGGCCGCCAUUGGCGGUGGUGAUGGUAGUGCGCCACCGAACGAAACCAUAUGACAUCAGCAGCACCUUCAGCAGCAGCAGCAGCAGCAGCAGCAACAUCUGCUCCAUCACACACACUCUUCGUACGAACCGUCGCUGCAGGGUAUACUGCUUACCUCGACCUCGCUGCAGGCCGACUCACCGCAGUCGCAGCAUCUCGGUCCGGCGCGCACCUCGCUAGAUUCGGAGCGACGGGCCCCGUUCGCCGAAUCGGAAUCGAUCUCGUCGAAGCACACGUCAGCACUGGCGAGCUACUGGGUCUGUCUGACCGAGCGGAUGAGCUCGCUGAUCUGCAAAUGCUGCGAGCGUACGCUACCGCCGGCGGAAAGCGUCUAGUGUCUACCGACGGGGGGGAGGCUGGUGAGCUGUGUACCGGCGGUGUACCGGACUAGCAGCAGUAGUGUAGUACGCCCGUAGUACGCCCAAACGUGGGUCGUGUUUUAACUUACACUGUGGCAUGCUCGCUCUGUUCACCAGGUGUAUGUACGCGUAUGUUUGUGUAAGUCGAAGUUUUAUUAUUUUCGCUAGCAAUUACUAAACUAGCUGACUAUCUGACUAGCAGUAGUACGUGGUGACGUCAUUAUUUCUUCUGAUAUGUUUUGUUUGUCUUAAGCUGAUACACCACGUGUGUUUGUUUCUCUAAGUUGUAUCAAAGUUUACAUUUUUUAUCAUCCUGACUUUAAGUUUUCUAAUACGCGAGCUUAAUUCAGCCCGAAACUGUUGAAGUCGCAUGAAGCUAGAAAUGGAUGAGUAGGUGAAAUUAGUUUUAGACGAAAAAAAAAACACAUGCCAAAACAUAGGAAAAAUAUAUUUAAAAAACAAACUCGAACAUAAUAAUGGAGAAAAAAACAUUACAAAAACGCGUAUGGCGUAUAUAUUAUGGUGGCUAAGAACAAAGAACAAACAAAAAUGAACUGAAUGUUAGUCCCCUUGGAGAGGAACCAGUGGCGCAAACAAAAAGAAAGAAGACAAAAAUAAUAAUAGGAAAAUACAAAACCCGAUUGUUGUACACACGA